ACCCUCCCUCUUCGUUAUUCUUUACUUUACUCCACCCUCACCCUUCUCGCAGUCUGUUCUCCAGAUGCAGCAACCCCGGUAAUUUACGAUAAUCCCCGCACGCCCCCCGAGAAGAAAAAUCAUAGGUGGGUCUCAUCGAAAAAGAAGGCCUAACUUUUAGUUUAGACCUAUACAGAACAAUUAGUUAGAAUAUCCAACGACAGACAGCAAAACUCUCUCCCUCACUUUUUUCGCUCGCCGUUUCUGAACAUUUCCCACCUAGAAGGUAAUAUUUUUCUCUCAAGCCUUAAACGAAUCCCAAACUUUUGAUUGGAUGGAAAGAUGUGGAGUCUCGGAAGCAGUCUGGUCGGACCUUAAAAUCAAACACCGACACACGGGGGCCGUCAUCAGCACAGCAGACCAAAUAGCUAUAUUAAACAGGACUGGACUAUAGCCUGUAUAAGGUUGGACUGAUUUUACUCUUAUCGGGUGACAUUUCAGGAAGCUACUGUUUCUUUUCAUCACCCGACUGUGCUGUGUUGCAUACCCUGCACGCCGUAAACUAAAGAAUCAUACACCGCCUGUGAAAGGGGAUUUGAACCAAAGAUGGUGUCCAGGGUGAGUGCGUGGUUCUGGAAUGAACGGCUUUGGUUCCCUGAGGGGCUGGGCUGGGCUGACCUGGAGGACAAAGAUGGGCGGGUCUACGCCAAGGCCAGUGACCUUUGGGUGGCACUACCCAUCGCUCUCACCUUCCUUGUUAUACGACAGAUCUUUGAGAGGUUCGUGGCAACCCCUCUGGCUCUUCUCAUGGGGGUGAAGGAGAAGGUCCGGCUUAGAGUGUCACACAACCCCUCGCUGGAGUCAUUUUACUGUAACACAACCAAGAACCCAACACAGAGUUCCAUAGAGAGUUUAUGUAAGCAGACAGGUUGUUCUGAGAGACAGGUGCAGAGAUGGUUCAGGAGACGCAGGAACCAGGACCGACCAAGUUUACUGAAGAAGUUCAGAGAGGCCAGUUGGAGAUUUACCUUUUACCUUCUUGCUUUCAUUGCUGGCCUGGCUGCCCUCAUUGACAAACCCUGGCUGUAUGACUUCAAGGUGAUGUGGGAUGGCUUCCCAGUACUGACUCUGCUGCCAUCUCAGUAUUGGUACUACAUGAUAGAGCUGGGUUUCUAUGGAUCUUUAGUCUUCAGUGUUGCAUCAGACGUCAAACGAAAAGACUUUAAGGAGCAGAUGGUUCACCAUGUAGCCACGAUCCUCCUCAUCAGUUUCUCUUGGUGUGUCAACUACAUAAGAGCGGGGACACUCAUCAUGUUGGUGCAUGAUUCUUCUGAUUACCUACUGGAGUCAGCCAAGAUGUUUAACUAUGCUGGAUGGAGAAACGCCUGUAACUACAUCUUCAUCUUCUUCGCUGCAGUCUUCAUCUACACUCGGCUCUAUAUCUUCCCCUUCUACAUCAUUUAUACUACCUACGUUUAUCCCUUGACCAUGUACCCUCCGUUCUUUGGAUACUACUUUCUGAAUUGCCUCAUGAUGAUUCUGCAGUGUCUCCAUAUCUUCUGGGCCAUCCUGAUUCUGCGUAUCGCCAUCCGGUUCCUGAGCGCCAAUGUGGAUGACGAAAGGAGCGAUAAAGAAGAGACUGAUGAGUCAGGCGAUGAAUUGGAGGAGAAGGAGGAGGUGAAGAAUGGCUUGGUGCAGAAUGGAUACACCAUUCACAACAACAACCACCGCAAGACAGAGUGAUGAAAACAAGUGCCGGGACAAAAGUGACCUCACAUCUUUCAGUCAGCAGAGGGAUGGGAACAGGAAGAGAGUGAGAGGUUGAUGGGGAAAGGGGGGGGGGGGGGUCCAAAGGCAUUCCAAAAGUCUGAGAACUACAGGUAGAAAUGUAACAGUAGAUACACUAAACGAUUAUAUGAACAACAAGACACAAACACACACACGCACACACCUCAGCUUAGGAAUAGCAUUAAGGACUUCUAGUGUGUAAAAAUUAUGAAAGAAGGAGAGGAAAGUGGUAAUAAUGAAGGGGGUGUAAUAAUGAUGACGAUGAGAGAAAAGUGAUAAUAAUGAAGGGGGUGUAAUAACGAUGAAGACGAGAGAAAAGUGAUAAUAAUGAAGCGGUUGUAAUAAUGUUGAGAGGACAAGAGAAAAUUGAUAAUGAAGCGGGUGUAAUAAUGAUGGGAGGAGGCGAGUGUAAUGCUGCUUCUACUACAGCUUUUCUCACUGUACGCAUGUGCCUUGACUGCUUUUACCUUUUUAAGUUGCCUUGUUUUUGCUUAGUCUGCCAUAAGCAUGUUUUAUCCAUGUGCCUUUAUGUCUAAUAUCCAGUUGCCAUGAAAGACUUCAGAAAAAAGACAUGACACACAAAUACAAUCAUGUGAUUUUGAGCAUCAGGCACGGAGCUGACAUUCAGACUCCCUGACCCUGGGUUUUAAGGAUUCUAUGCAAACAUUUUUUUCUGAUCAGCUCCUGUGGUGCAUCUAAAUGAGAUGUCUUCAGCUGUGUAUAUGACACCUCUAAGCUUGUAAACCCCAUGCAGCAGAGGGAGUCGGGUAGUCUCCUUCACUAGUAGUAUGGGUUUAAAUAAUGCACUGUAGAGUAAUGUAUGUGAGGACCUGUUUGUAAACUGCUUAAUUUAAUGACUAAUGUUCAUAAGCAGCUUAAAAGGAGGCCCUUCAAAUGAAGUGUCACAUAGUUUUGGUAUGUGCUGAUUUUACAGAUUUUGAAAGAUGGUUGUUCCUCUGUUAUGUCAUCUUUACAUACCAGUGGUUACUGUUUGUUGUUAGACACUUCGUUGACAGUGAGGAAAAUACUUGUAUCAAACUGUUUGUUUUUUCUCUCCUUGUGCGACACUGUAAAUGUCUGAUUGGUCUAGACUAGAAUGUGGUUGACAUCUUACCAAGAUCACACAGGCAGAACUUCUUUUUCAGUACAUAUUUUGUUAUUGUUUUUAGCCUUAAAAAAAGUAAAGGUACAAAAGAGAAAACAACAGCCCAGCCAAUCAAGAUCCCAAGCAGAAUGUAAACAUUUUGAUUUUACAUAUUUUUUUUCUUUUAAAGGUUUUCUUAGUCUAGUUAAAACCAGUGUUGACCAUUUUGGUUUCAUUCCAGUUCAAUGUGACGCAUAGCAGACUAGAGAUGCAUUCAGGUCAGCUUCACUAAGUUUAUUAAGAUACCAACUCUGAGUAAACCAAUCAUCCAAUAAUGUUUGCCAACAAGAGCAAACUGACAUUCUUUUGAAAACUCUAAAUUUUUCACUAUUUCUUGCAACGGUAAUCUUGUAAAAGACUAACCUUUUCUGCAAAUGUUUGCAGAGUUGAAAGCCAGUCAGGGUAGGUCCAGUCCAAUCCUGGAUACUCAUUGGUGACCUGUGUUGGUCGGUCAGAACAAGACAUUUCUCAGGAGAUUGGAAAGAGCCAGAUUAGGCCAUAUUUGGCCCAGAUUUUAGGUCAUACUGACCCAGAUUAGAUUAUCCUGGAUGUGUGAUUGGUGUUAUUCUGUUUUUAGGGAGUGAUUUGAGAUAUGAUUCCUAUGAGAAACGCGUUUACAGUCCUUUUUGAUAUUGUUGUUUCAGCAAAAUUCUACAUCUUGAGUUUGGAUUAUAAUUAUAAAAAAUGUUUUGCAGCUAAAUUCCUUAGUUAUCAUGAGUACGACAAAUACAUGGAACAGUCAAAGUGUAGUAUUUUUAUUGUUACUGCUUUUAAAUCGUUGUGUGUUAAGUGCCUUAUCUGUAAUGUAUGGGUUAGUCCACUCGCUUAUAGCAUUGUUCAACACAUCUUAUCGUCACUCAUCCUUUGUCUCUUUUUUCCAUUUUGUCACCCACUCCUACACUCCUCAUCCACUCAUUCUUAUUCUCAUCCUUCUUCACUCUGAAAGAGAUCAUCCCCUCGCAGCCUUUCACACUCAUCCCCAUUCAAUCCCUCAUUCAUUUGUACUAACGUUGACAUCCUCUUUUCUCUCUUGCACCGUUGAUACAGAAAAACAAAAGUGCCCCUAAUUACAGUGUUAUUUUGUAUUUGUUUUAUGAUGCUUAAGUAUUAUCAUUAAUAAUAAAAUCAAUGAUCAUG